AUGGACACACAUAAAUAUGUUAAAGCAGGUUUGUUUAUUAAAUGCAUUUUAGGUGAAAUUUUUGUAAAGCAUCAUAAAUUUGGUGCAGAGAAAAUCCGAUUGAUUUACAUUUUAGAUGGCAUGCUCUACUGGACAAAACCUGAUGAUCUGAGUAAAUUAAAGCCUAAAGGGAAGAUAAAUUUAGAAGUUUGAGUUAGUAAAUUAAUUUAAGGAUAUAUUGUAAAUAGAAAAUGGGUUGAAAAAAGCAAAGAAAUUAAAAGACUUUGAUAGGUCGAUAAAUUGUUUUUCAAUCAUAACAAAAGAACGAACAUUAGAACUUGAAGCAUCAAACAUUCAAAUAAAGAAUUUGUGGACAAAUAUCAUAAAUAAUAUUUUAAAAAAAUAAUAGACUCCUUAAUAGUGA